AUGGCAGAGAUAGAAAAUGACAAUGCUGCAGUGGCAGUACCCCCAAAUACGGUGCGUUAUCAGGGUGUAAGAAAGAGGCGAAGAGUGAAUGGAAUUAAGUAUGGCGCUGAGAUCAUAAAACCCGGACAGAAGAGAAGUAUCUGGCUCGGGACAUAUGAUACGGAGAAGAAAGCCGCUCAGGUUUAUGAUACAGCAGCAAGGUGGCUUAAAGGCCCUGGAGCCAAACUUAAUUUUCCCCAUGAUGAUAUCACUGAAAAAGCUAAAGAUGCUUCCAACGAGCUUAAUCCUAGGAAUGAUGUCAGUAAUGAAGGUGAUAAAAAUAAUUCCGAUGAUGUCAUUCCGGAUGAGAGCAGCGGUACCGCAUCCUCAUCCAAAGCAGGCGAUAUCACAUCAACUACCAAAGCAAGCCGCAGUGCAUUGAGGGUUCGGGAGCCCAUUAAGAAUCCUCACGCUCCUCGUUCCAAAGCAGGCGGUGGUGCACUGAAGAUUCGGGAGCCAAUGAAUCAGAACCCUCAGGCCAAAGCACACAGCGGUGCAUUGAGGAUCCAGGAGAAAAAUCAGAAUCCUCAAGCUCCUCAUUUUUCAGUGGAUAUCGUGUCGUCUUCCAAUGCAGGUGUCGAUGUGCUGAGGACUAGGGAACCAAAUCAGAAUCCUCAGGUUCCUCGUUUUCUGGUGGUUAACGGAGGUGAUGCUCCUUUUCAGCCGACAUAUCUUGAUAAGUUCUAUAUGGAGAUUUUGACAAGAGCAAGGAUAUUAUUUCCCAGCCGGGCCAACUUUCGAAAAGUUACUGUGGAUUACCUUAGUGACUUCCAUAACCAUGUCGGCAGCACUGAGAGAGUGGUCCAGAAUCAGCCACCAUUCACCACUGCUGUCUACACUGAGCUCCGACUUGCACCACUAGGGAGCAAGUGA